CGGCUCUCCCUCUCUCCCCCUGUGAAUCCCACCUCUAACACUUACUGGGCCCUCGGCAGGGAAAACAGAGGUACGAAUGGAGACCGAAGGGAGCCAGAGCAGCCUCUCCUCUCCGGAUUCCCCCCACGACCCUUGCAAAAUGUUCGUCGGGGGAUUGAGUUGGCAGACCACGCAAGAGGGUCUUAAGGAAUAUUUUAGCAAGUUCGGUGACGUGAAAGAGUGCAUGGUGAUGAGAGAUCCGGUUACAAAGAGGUCCAGAGGCUUCGGGUUCGUUACUUUCGUAGAUCAAACAGGAGUUGACAAAGUCUUGGCUCAGGCUAGACACGAGUUGGACUCCAAAACUAUUGACCCAAAAGUGGCUUUCCCUCGCCGGGCUCAACCAAAGUUGGUGACCCGGACAAAGAAGAUAUUUGUAGGAGGCCUGUCGGUAAACACCACCAUUGAAGAUGUGAAGCAAUACUUUGACCAAUUUGGCAAGGUAGAUGAUGCAAUGUUGAUGUUCGACAAGACAACUAACAGACACAGAGGGUUUGGAUUUGUCACAUUUGAAAAUGAAGACGUAGUAGAAAAAGUCUGUGAAAUUCACUUCCAUGAAAUCAACAACAAAAUGGUAGAGUGCAAGAAGGCCCAGCCUAAGGAAGUAAUGUCACCGACUGGCUCAGCACGGGGUCGUUCACGAGUGAUGCCCUAUGGGAUGGAUGCCUUCAUGCUGGGCAUUGGCAUGCUAGGUUACCCAGGCUUCCAGGCAGCUACCUAUGCUAGCCGUGGGUAUACUGGCCUCACUCCAGGAUACACCUACCAGUUCCCUGAAUUCCAAUUAGAGAGGACCCCCCUUCUGACUUCACCCCACCCCCCUGAGAUGGCAGCGUUGCUCACUGGCAUGGAAAUGAACAGCGCCUGUUUUCGUUGUGUUUCAGCCAUACCCCUGACAGCGUACGGCCCCAUGGCGGCGGCAGCAGCAGCAGCAGCAGUGGUGCGAGGAACAGGUUCAACUCCAACACGCACAGGGGGUUUUCUUGGAACCAGUAGCCCGGGCCCGAUGGCUGACCUUUAUGGAGCAGCCAAUCAAGAGUCUGGUGUCAGCAGUUACAUCAGUGCUGCAAGUCCUGCUCCCAGCACUGGAUUUGGGCAUAGCCUUGGGGGUCCUCUAAUUGCCACAGCCUUUACAAAUGGCUAUCAUUGAGGGGGGAACGGCAGGUGCAAACUGAGCCAGGCUUCUUGUCUGCUGGUGAGAAGAUGGGGUUCAAUUGCUGCAGACCAAGGCAUUUUUUUUUAAUUUGCUGCAUUCUUUUAACUGGCCCCAGCUUUCAAGAUGAAACCCACCGACCUGAAGAUCGCUCUGUUCGUGUACUAACGCUGUGUUUAUUUCUUCGACUUGUAUUUAUUUCUUUAGCUCCUAGUUUUUAUGCUGCCUUCCCUUGUUGUACCUUGUUCGUUUGUUAAUUUUUCCCUUCAGCCUUUUAUUGUAGCGCUGCCUUUAGAAACAAGCAAAUUUCAGAUUUUUUUCCUAUAUUUUUGUGUUUAGAGUCUACUGAGUAUCUUCUUGUGGUUUUUUUUUUCUCCCCCCUCCCGGAGUUGUUAAUUAUUUUAUUUCAACAGCCGUAACUAAAAAAUAUCUUGGUUCAUGAGACUGAGGGAGCAAAAAAAGUAAAAAAAAUGAAAAGAAAAAACAUUUGCUUAAAAAGGUUAUUUGGAUUUUGUUUUCUUUUGUAAA